AACAAACAAACCAAAAACCUAUUGUUACCAGCUACCAACGAUGUUACCUUAGCGCUGUGGUCUCAAUUUCAAACUGAAAUAAAAAUCAAGGGCAAUAAUAAUAAAGAUAAUAUUAGAUUUACAAUUGUUGAAAUGGAAUUGUAAUAAAAAUGAGAAAGUAAGAAACCUUGUAUGUAGAAGGGAAUAAUAUGGCGGACGUGAUUACGUCCUUUUAUAUCAUGUUUCUUCUUACAUUUCUGUCUCAAUGUUUGUGGAUGCUAUAAAAAGUGUGUGCUGUAUGUGACAUUUCUUUUCGACACCGAAGUGACAUGUAAGGUUAGAUCGUCCAAGAAAAUUCUCAAUUUCAAACAAAAACUAAAGAAAAAUGGAAGAAUACACAAGAGAACCGUGUCCCUGGAGAAUCGUGGAUGAUUGUGGAGGUGCCUUCACUAUGGGUUUAAUAGGAGGAGGUGUGUUUCAAAGCAUUAAAGGUUUCAGAAACGCACCUUCAGGAAUGAGCAAGAGACUGGCUGGAAGUUUGACUGCAAUAAAACAAAGAUCCCCAACCAUAGCUGGCAACUUUGCUGUGUGGGGUGGUAUGUUCUCAACUAUUGACUGUGCACUGAUCCACAUCAGGAAGAAGGAAGAUCCUUGGAAUUCAAUUAUCAGUGGAGCAGCAACAGGAGGUAUUUUAGCAGCUAGGAAUGGAUUACCAGCAAUGGCAGGAAGUGCUUUUAUAGGUAAGACAUUUUACCUCAAAAUCAAUACAUUAUCAAGAAUACUAUCCAGGUAUUUUACCCAAAGCGAGCAUCUUUAGAAAGUACCAUCUUGUCCCAGGAAACAUUUGUUUGCACUCUUAGUAUGGACCAGGUUUUCUUGGAAUCGAGCUGGGCAUACUGCAUGCCACUAUAUUUAAUAAUUUCAAUUUCUUUACGGAUCCUCUCAUUGAUUUCUUGUAGUUUUCCAACAAUAUUGUCAUGUUUUAUCAAAAUAUCCAUCAGCACUCAGCACCAUCCUUCUGGGCAAACAUUGGAAUUUUAUUUUGUCAUUGAAUAAUUGAUUUGGUCUCUCAAGUGCCUAUUUCAAUUGGAUAUCUUCAGGUGCAGUAUGAUAGAUAGAUCAUCUAUAGUCUAUAGCUAAAUAUACAAUUAUUCUUAAUGUUAAUCAAUGCCUGAAGAAACCCAUUUAAAGUAGGCAUUAUAGAAGCCAAAAAGGGUAUGAACAACAUAGCACCAUCUGGUAGCAGAAUCAAAUACUAAUUCUUUUU